CAGUCGAGCACAAUGCUGAAGCUGAUCGCCACCAUCGCCCUGACGGGCGCGCUGGGCGCCGCCAUGCCCAUGGGCCUCAACGGCGACGAGGUGCAGCAGGUGUUCCAGGGCAUGCUGGACCAGUCGGACGCCGACGGCGACGGCCGCCUCUCGCCGGCCGAGCUCGAGCCCAUCAUACGGGCCGGCGGGCCGCACCUCAGCGCCGCCGACGUGAGGCACACCAUCUCGCUCAUGGACGGCGACGGCGACGGCUUCGUCAACCUGGCCGACUUCCGGCAGGCGGCCAGCGAGCCGCCGCCGGCCGAGGUCGUGCCCAUCGCCUUCCGCGCCGAAGACACAGACGGCAACGGCCAGCUGACGCAGCAGCAGGCCCUGGAGGUGGCGCCGUCGCUGCUCAGUGGACACCGGCAGCUCGAGCACGUGCGCUACGUGCUGGAGGACGCCGACACCGACGGCGACGGCAUGCUGGAGCAGGACGAGUUCACGUUCGCCGUCGUCGCGCUCCAGAAAGAAGCGUGAAGACGGCCGACCGUGACGGGACCCCCGACGGCGGGACAGUGGGACGGUGCCCUCUGCAAGGCCGGUGGGACGGAGGCCUCGGUAAGGCGGCCGGACGGAGGCCUCUGUAAACCGGUGUGACGGAGGCCUCUGCAAGGCCGGUGGGACGGAUGCCUCUGUAAGGCGGCGGGACGGGGCCUCUGUACGACGGUGGGACGGGGCCUCUGUAACGCGGCGGGACGGAGGCCUCUGUAAGGCCGACGGAUGGAGGCCUCUGUAAGGUCGAUGGGACGGAGGCCUCCGUAAGACACCCGUAAGACCUGUCACCCUGUGCCAAUGGGAGCGCCCGCUGUUCAUGCGGGACUCGGGAUGCUACCGCCAUAGGCCUCGAUACUGCUUGUGUGAACCGAUCAGCGUUCAGGACAACUGGGCUUAUCUGGUAACACAACAUUGUUGUACUCAUGCUUUAUCGGUGCCGACAUCAUAUUUUAUCAAUAAAACCAUGUGAAUUGUACAGAAUUUCUAACGCCUCAACCAUUUAUACGACGGGGAACCAUCAAAACGUUCAUGAUUGCGGCGUCCCGCGUUCCUAUCGUCCAAAAUUACAGCAGCCAGCAUUCAUAACAUCCAAAAUGGCAAGAUGCAG